AUGGCGCCGGCCCCCGCCGCUCCCUCGGCGGCCUGGGCUGCGGCCGGGCCGCGGACGCGCGGCGGGCGGGCGGGCUGGCCAGGCGCGCGGAGGGCGGCGGCGCGGUCACAUGGCUGCCGGGCGGCGGGGCCGGCCGGGCGGGCGUCGGACAGGCCCGCGGGCGGCGACCAGGCUGCGGCCGCCCCGCCCCGCCCCGCGCGCGCGCGCGCGCCCGCCGCCGGCGGCGCCGCCGCCGCCCAUUGGCUGGGCGCGCGCGCUCUCGCCGACUCGUGCCCAAUCACGGCCCGCGGAGGGCUCACCGGAAGUGAGGUUCGCGCGCCCCCUCCCGCCGGCGACCCAGGAGGCGCCCCCCACCCGCCGCGGCCCGCGGGAGCGCGCCCCCGCGCCUGCGCACUGGCCCCGCCCAGAGCGCCGCGCCCCGCCCCUCGGGGGCGGCAGGGAGGGGCUGGAGGGACCCCAGGGUCCUCCCGCGACCCUGAGCCCCGCAGCCCCCGCCCCGGCCUCCGCGAGUCCCCGGCCUCCGCGAGUCCCCGGCCCCCAGAGCUAUGCAUCCCCGAGUCUGCUCGCUCCCACGCGCUCCCCGCGUCCCCUGACCCCCCCUUUCCUGGCCGUGCCCCGUGUCCUCGGCCCCGACUGCCUGGACCACCCGCCAGGCCCCCGCGGCCCUGGAGUCCUCCGGAGGCUCGCCCACCCCGCGAACCCGCCUUGUGCCUCCGGGGUCCCCUCGCGCCCUCCCCCGUCCUGACUCCCCCGGCGGAUCGCCUGGGCGGGCCGUGGAGCCGGAACACCGGGGUUGCGGGGGGCCAGCCGCAUCUCCCGCGGCACGUCUUCUUGCGCCGGGAGCGCCGCAAACCCGGGAGCGCGGACCCGGAGGAGGCGGGCUUGCUCCUCGGCCUAGUGCUCUUUGGAGCGGCUCCAGCCGGUCAGAGGGACAGAGCUCUCAGUCUGUGGCUGGACAAGGGGCCCCCAGAGGAGAGACCCCAUCUCCCUGCCUUCCAGCAGAAGCUAGGAGCCUGCAGCUCGGUUGUGGGCCUCCAGGCCGUGGACUGGUACCUCCUGUCGGAUCAGCGGCAACAUUAG